CCGAUACUGGUACAACACCUGCCUUCCGACAAUUCAACUUUCACUAGCCACGCACCUUAUUGCCACCUAGCACUCCACAGCCUUUUAGGUGUCCUUAGCCGUAUCGCCCAUCGAGAACCGUCGUCCCUUUCGUUACCGAACCACGGCAGCGCACUUCUCCGUUCACCGCACACGGACCCCAGCAGCCCGCUGCGCCAACUCAACACCACGUCAUGGCUGCGAGGAGAAAGGUUUUGCUCAAGGUUAUCAUCCUUGGCGAUAGCGGCGUUGGCAAAACCAGCUUGAUGAACCAAUAUGUCAACAAGAAGUUCAGUGCAAGCUACAAGGCGACGAUCGGCGCCGACUUCCUCACCAAAGAGGUUCUGGUCGACGACCGGUUAGUCACGAUGCAGCUUUGGGAUACUGCUGGUCAGGAGCGCUUCCAAUCUCUCGGUGUGGCCUUCUACCGUGGUGCCGACUGCUGCGUCCUGGUGUACGAUGUCAACAACGCGAAGAGUUUCGACACCCUCGACAGUUGGCGGGACGAGUUCCUUGUCCAAGCGAGCCCGAUGGAUCCCGAGAGCUUCCCCUUCGUCGUUCUUGGCAAUAAGAUUGAUGUUGAGGAGGGCAAACGCAUGAUCUCGACGAAGCGCGCCAUGACCUUCUGCAACUCCAAGGGCGGCAUUCCCUAUUUCGAGACGAGUGCAAAGGAGGCUAUCAACGUUGAGCAGGCAUUCGAGGUGAUCGCGAGGCAGGCUCUCGCCCAGGAGGAGGCGGGCGACUUCAGCAACGACUUCCCCGAAACGAUACCGAUUAACCUCGAGAGCGACCGUGACGGAUGCGCUUGCUAGGCGGGUCGCGUGGUUGAAUACCCGACGUCUUGUAUAGAGGACAGGGCCGGAAAGGGGUACACGAAGCUUUCAUGUUUUCUUCAUGGCACAGGCGUUUAGUGGUAUUGUGAUCUGAUAAUUCAACAAGCGCUUUGGUGCUGCACAAAGCUUCCGCCGGAUGCGUGCAAUACUGGAUAGCCGGUGGACAGACGGGGAGGUGCACGCCACUUGGUCACUAAAUUUCUAUUAGGCAUGGUGCCGUAGGAGGCUGAUGCGUUCGUGAACCUGUGACAAUUUGAGUGCCACUGGAUGAGGGCCACGUGCUGAUCCGGGGCGGGCGCG